CUCCCCCCUUUUUCCCCCUCCCUUUCCAAACUCAAAAAAACGCUUUUUCCCCGCCCCCCAAAACCUCCUCCUCCCCCCACGGGGUUCCUUGUGGACCCUAACUCUCUGCAGAGACUCCUCCCCACCACAGUCGAUACUUUCCUACACAACCUCGGCAUCUUCAAAGAGGAUGCAGAGAAGCACCAGCUGUACUGCCAAGAAGUCAUUGAGCUCAGUGAAGACAUAUCUCUUAUCCUUAUCCUCCCUCCUUCUGACCAGGUGUGCACCCCUCCAGGCAGUACCGACCAUUUCGCAAAGCUCUCUGACUUUGUAGCUCUACCAAUCAACACCUUUGAAAUAAUGCAACUCUACACGUACCAGAAAUCAUUCAUGACAAAGUUUUCGACGGUGUCUGCUCGACUUGACAUCGAGCUCCUCACGUCACAGCAGAGAAUGAGAGAGGCAUUCUCCAAGGUGGAGGUGACUGCAGCGAAACAACUGAAGGAGCAGCUGGAAUCGUUUCAGGAGAGGACGGACGCGGCGUGGAAAGAGAUGAGAUGGAUCGAAGAUGCCGUCCAGAAGGGGAGGAAUCAGGCGACUGUCUCCUCCGCGUCCAGCCUCCUCCCCGUGAAGGUUUUGAGAGAUGUUACCAGAAUUAACCUUCCUGGUGGUCUGAGAGGAAGUCCAACACCAGAACCAAAUUCCGGCUAUCUUAGAGUGUUUCCUGCCUACACAACAGGACUUGUCAGUGGCACCAGUGUCAGACUCUUUAUCACAGAGUCAACUACGACGACUGAAGUGAUUCAUCUGGUUGUACAACAGCUUGAGAAGGCCCGUAUUGACAAGGGGAUCCCAGGACCUCCUCUCACUGAAGAAGACGUGGCAGGGUUCUAUCUCGUGGCUCGGCUAAACGGGAAAGAGACGGCACUGGACUAUGACUAUACACCUCUCCAAUUGCAGUCAAAUCCGCAGCAUAAGUGGCGGCUGCUAGUCAGGAGAGUCGCCGAGGAGAGAAGAACUUCCAGCGAACAGACGACAAGCGUCUAGCUCUCUCCUUGUUUAGAAAUAGUGUUCUUUUUUGUUCUCAGUGUGUGUUGUUUUAUAUUACCAUAAUUGUGCCACACCCU